GCCCAACAAAGAAAAGUAGCCUUGGGGCAAUUGACGGCCAGGCAGAAGAGCCCGUUGAGACUGUUUUUGGCGGCGGGCACAAAUGGCAGCCUCCGGACGGAAGGCGGCAUAAUAAAAGUCAAUUGAGACAGCUACUAUUGGCUGACUAUUUGACCUCUCUCUCUCUGGUAUUCUCGAAAGAAAGGAAGACAGAGAGGGAGACUGGUAUUCUCGAAAGAAAAAAGAGGGGGAGAGAGACAGAGAGAGAGAGAGAGAGAGGGGCUUAAUCGGCUUUGGGAGGCCACCAUGAACGAGAAAGCCAGUGUUUCCAAAGAGCUUAACGCCAAGCACAGGAAGAUAUUGGAGGAGCUUCUUAAAUUACCAGAGAACAGAGAAUGUGCAGACUGUAAAAGCAAAGCACCAAGAUGGGCCAGUGUGAAUCUGGGAAUCUUCAUUUGCAUGCAAUGUUCUGGGAUUCACAGAAGUCUUGGAGUACACAUAUCUAAGGUGAGAUCAGCCACACUGGACACAUGGCUUCCAGAUCAGGUUGCAUUUAUUCGAUCUAUGGGAAAUAGCAAAUCAAACAGCUACUGGGAGGCUGAGCUACCCUCCAAGUACGAUAGAGUUGGAAUUGAGAAUUUCAUCCGUGCAAAGUAUGUGGAGAAGAGAUGGGUCCCUAGAGAUGGAAAAGCAAAAUCAUCCUCCACUGCAAGAGAAGAAAAGGCUUCAGUUUAUAAACCUGGAAGUGGGAUUACCAGUGCCAUUAGACAUUCCAACGAUAUUAAACAGUCUAUCAUAGAGACGAAAGGGCCUCAUCUGCCAAACAUAAAAAUUAUUCCUGCUGCAAAAAGUAGUAGUCCUGUGCCCCCUGAAGUAUCCCAAAAGGUUUCUCCUGUUCCAAGCACACGAGAAGUUCAUAAGAAAGCAGAAACUAUAGCUUCGAAGACUGAAUCAGGGAAGCAGGGAGCUCAUGCUGCUCCUUUAUCUUCAACAUCCAAGGUUGAUUAUGCUACUGAACUUUUCAAAUUGCUGUCUGUCGAGGAAUUCAGCGAAAACAAAUCCAAGCCCUCUGCUGACGAUGACAACACACGGGUUGGAAUCCAGUCUGCAGAAAGAGUGUCAACAUCUAGGCAGAAUGUUCACUCAAACUCAGUUGAGAUCAAGAAUCACUCCAACUCUGGCAUCGAGGAAUUAUUUGAAGAUUUACAGUGGAUUGUGCCCCCAGUUUCCGGUAAACCUUCAAAAGAAGUGAAGAACGACAUCACAAAUCUCCUUGAGCCGAGUUUGGCAUUGCCGUCUUCUGUCCAUCAGCAACAACUACCUGUGCUGACUCAACAACAGUCUUCUGGGCUUCCCCAAGCAUUCUACAGGAAUUUGGAUCAGCAUGGACAGAAUGGUGUCCCCUUUCCCUCUCAGAAUUGGGGAAGCAAAGGCAAUCUUGUGCCCGGGAUGAUCAUGCCUACAGCAGAAUUACGACAACAUAUGCAGAUGGGAAACAUACAACCUUCAUUUCCUCAACUGAGUGCUUAUCCUUGUCCAACCCCCAGCAUGUACACUAGAGGGCUUGCUGCGCCAGUUAGCCAUAUGCCAGGCUUGCCGGCCGCCGGUGCCAUUGCCACUGCUUCAAAGGCUCCGGCAGCAUCAGCCGUUUCAGCUCAACUGGGAAGAGAUUACGAUUGCUCUUCGUUAAUGCAAGGGAUGUUUGCCAGACAGCGAGCCACCGGAUGAGUCGACGAGUUAGCCGAUUAUUGAUUGGCUUCCAAUCCCAAGAUACAGUAGAUCUGUAGGAUUUGUCAUUGCAUUAUUCAUUGUUGGAACCUGCAAGCUCCGUGCCGAGCCAAGAUCUUUUCUUUCUUUCUUUUUUUUUUUUUUUAGUCUUUUGAGCUUGGUGAUCUCGUUUACCUAUUGAAAUGCUUUCAUGUAACUAUUACAUAUUAUUGUUUCAUCCAUGGCUAAUAGAAUUAUUCUAUUUGUAUCA